CAGAUUAACUGCACUUGUCAGAGAAAGUCUCCAGACUCAACUCCCAGACUCCACUGCCCCCCUCUCCAACGCCCUCAUUAAUGGCCUUCCAACCCUUGGAACCCUAGUUAUUUUGCUCCCUGCUUCUUCUCCCGCCGUCGCCCUCCCUCCUCGGUAUGAACGGCAGCUCAAUUCUCCCGCAAUCGCUGCUUUUUGCACGUAAUCGUGUUGGUUAAGGUUUUUGGCAGAGGAAAAAAGCUUAAUGGAAAACAAUCUGGCGUUGAUCGACGUCUUGUUUGGUUUUUUCUUCAUCGUGUCGACUGUUGCUUCGGAUUCGGGAUUUAAUGAGUCGCUUAAUACCUCCCCAGUUGCGCCGCCCUUGAACCGAACUCAUGGCAAAGCAUCCUGCCCUUUUGGUUGGAGCAGCAGUCCUGAUAACAGAAGGUGCUUUAAAUACUCCGCAAAUAAUGAAUCGUGGGAUGGCUCCGAGAAGCAAUGUACUUCUUACAAUGGACAUCUUGCAGCCAUAACAUCACUGCAAGAACUAAAGGUGCUCCAAAAGCUUUGUAGCGAAAAUUUGAAAGGAUGUUGGAUGGGUGGGAAGGUGAUGAACGGAGGUUGGAGAUGGUCUGACAACACAACCUAUUGGAAUGCAUCUGCCUUUCCAAUCCAGCCAAGCUGUACCAACCAGUCUUGCUCUAGCGAUAAUUUAUCUGAUGUUUGCACGUUGUUGAUUAAUGGAACUACAUCACUCGUGGCUCGGAAAUGCAAUACGUCACAUCCUUUCUUAUGCAUGCUUGAUUUAGAUCACAUGUGUCGGGGUAUGCACUGCCACGAAGAAUAUCUCAUCAUACUUGCUGUCGUAAGUGGUAUAAUCUUUUGCACUACACUAGCCAUUGUACUGUGGCUUCUCGUAUAUAAACGUAACAAGAGGCGUAAAAGGUCUCGAAAACAGUCCAAUCCUGCGGAAUUGGCAUUAGUUUCCCCAUCGUGGAAAGUUUUCACACGUGAGGAGCUGAAGUCCAUCACGAAGAAUUUCAGUGAAGGAAACCGUCUUCUUGGAGACGCCAAGACCGGGGGAACAUAUAGCGGAAUUCUAGCAGAUGGGUCGAGAGUGGCGGUGAAACGGUUGAAGAGAUCCAGCUUUCAAAGGAAAAAGGAGUUUUAUUCUGAGGUAGGAAGGGUCGCUCGAUUGCAUCAUCCAAACUUGGUGGCGAUUAAAGGGUGUUGUUAUGAUCAUGGUGACCGUUACAUCGUGUAUGAGUUUGUUGUCAAUGGACCUUUAGAUCGAUGGCUUCAUCAUAUCCCAAGGGGGGGCCGGACACUCGAUUGGCCCAUGAGAAUGAAAAUUGCUACUACUCUUGCUCAAGGAAUCGCGUUCCUCCAUGACAAGGUGAAGCCACAAGUGGUGCACUGCGACAUCCGUGCAACGAAUGUUCUGCUUGACGAGGAUUUCUCCGCCCACCUCAUGGGUGUCGGCCUAUCGAAGUUCGUCCCGUGGGAGGUGAUGCACGAGCGGCGGGUGAUGGCUGGCGGGACCCACGGGUACCUUGCCCCCGAAUUCGUAUACAGGAAUGAGCUGACCACAAAGAGCGACGUCUACAGCUUCGGCGUCCUCCUCCUGGAGAUCGUCAGCGGGCGGCGGCCAGCACAGGCAGUCGAUUCCGUCGGGUGGCAGAGCAUAUUUGAGUGGGCAACGCCGCUGGUGCAGGCCCACAGGUACCUGGAGCUCCUUGACCCUAUGAUGUCGGCGGCGACGGUGACGGUGGAGGCGGGGACGGUGCAGAAGGUGGUGGACCUGGUGUACGCAUGCACGCAGCACGUGCCGUCCAUGAGGCCGCGGAUGUCUCAUGUUGUUCACCAGCUGCAGCAGUUGCCUCAGCUGCCUGCUUCUUCUUUCAAGGACUUUCUCAUCAUGUAGGAGCACCUCCCCUUAAUUAGUAAUAAUAUCCUGAAUUGAGAAUAAUCAAUAUUUUGUAUGUAUGUAUGUAUGUAUGUGUAAUGGGGCCAGUGUGGAUCAAUUUUAUGUUAGAAUUGUGCUGUUAAAUGUUAUGGAAAUAUGUUAAAACAACAAAAAACGAUUGUUCUCACAAUCACCAACAUAUGUUCACAUGUAAACUAUUGCUUCAUAUUA